AUGUCGUCGGGGCCCACGCCUCCUCUGCAGAAGCCUCCAGGGUACCAGGACCCCAACAACCCUGCCGGCCGGGCCCCACCACGGCGUCCCGGAAACGUGCCGCCGUCGUUCGGCACAAAACGCCGCCGCUCAUUUUGCCGGACUUACUACUGCUGGUGUUGCAUUGUCUCCAUGCUCCUUUUUAUCCUCCUCAUCUCCAUCUCGGCAUUCUUUUAUGCUUUUUACCAUCCCCAACUCCCCGAAAUCCACGUGGCGUCGAUGAAGAUAACAAGGUUCGACGUGCAAUCCUCGGCGGACGGGGCAAUCUUGAACUCGGAAUCCUCUAUUAGGGUUGAGAUCAAAAACCCUAAUUCCAAUUUAGAAAUCAAGUAUAAUAGAACUAGCAUUUUGAUUAGAGCGGACGAUGGGGGCGUGAAUUUGGGGAAAUCGGUGGUGCCCGGAUUCAUCCAAGCCGCAAAUAAUGUGACGAGUAUGGAUAUCAAGGUGAAGGCGAAGCAAGUUGUGGCGAAUGAGGUGGCAGAAAGAAUGAAAACGGAAUAUCAGAGCAAGAACUUGAAAGUGAGUGUGGAGUUGGAUGGUGGGGUUGGGGUUAAGGGGGCCGGGUGGUCGACUUCCCCGGUUUUGAUGAAUGUUGCUUGCCGAGGGGUUCGGCUAAGUGAGCUACAAGAUAGUGCCGGAAGUAAUCCUAAAUGUCAGAUUACAGUAUUCGACUGGGUCCGUGUACAUUGA